AUGCUGUCCAUUAUGUACAGUACAUGGACAUGCACAUACGUAUAUGCAAAGUACAGUACCUUGUACUCUUCUCCAAUAGCCACGCGUCUCCAUGUUGUUCCCGCCGAUGCCAAAAUCGAAGGUGACGGUUUGAAGAGGCGACACAUGAUUUUUGGAAAUAGCGUAACAGAUGAUAUUUUGAUUUAUCUGAUUGUUGAUGCAGGCCAAAAGAAAAUUACUCAAGAGAACCGCUGCUAUGUUGAGGAGGGCAAUAUACCCGCAGUUCAUAGACGCACAAUGACGAGUUUUGACCCCGUCCCAAGUCUGAGGAAAGAUCAAAGUUUAUGUAAAUACGGAUGGGUGGAAGGCUUCUCCAGCAAGCCGAAAAUUAGUUGCCAACAUUUCGCACACGCGAGCUCCAUAGCCUUUUCAACUGUUGACGUGGCCAUUUCAUUCCAUCAUUUCAGUGCUGGCCAUAAGGAUCAUGCAUCUGGAUCCGAACUCUGCCUGACUGUUCCCGAAGCAAAGGGUUUAGGCCCGCCGCCCACCAUCGAUGGGGCCUCCCCGCACGGGGCUUUGGCGAUGGUGGCACUCCAUAGUAUUUUGCCUUUUCAUCCGUACCGUUGCGCAGGUCACACUAAAGCCGCUACUGUCCGCCUGCCUCUGGCACUUCCACUUCAUAAACUUGUCCGCUAUUUUUCCUUCCCCUUUUUCGUUCUCUUCCUGAGCCAACGCUCGCUGGGCACCUCAGUUGCCCCUCCUGUUGGAAACCCCAUGUUGUUUAUGCAAAGGAAACCUGCCCUUUCAUCCCUCCAUCUCGCGCCGGACCAUGGAUACACCGAGCGCUCAUGGAACCAUACACCUCCCAGGGCGAGCACCUCAAUCGCCGAUUGCCGCAACCAGCAGUUGGCAACCGCUCUCUUAAUCUCCUCAUCUUCGGCCCUGUUGCGGUCUCCAGCGACCUCUACCAGUGAGGUCCUUUCUUCAGUGAUAAUUUCGCCUGGUGAGGAUGAUUCGAAUCAGUACGCUCGUACUUGGCCAUUCGAUACGCGACCCAACCGCACUCCAACAGGAACCGUCGAUGCGCUGAACUUCAGUUCGGAGUCGCCGCUUCAAAAUAAUAGUCUGGAACUAUCCCCAACUUCCUCGCAUUCUUCCCAGUCAUACAGUUUUGCUGUUGUAUCCUCUCCUGAUACAGAUAUGACGGCGGACGAGGUGACACCAAAAGUGGAAGAAAUAGAGGAUGAGGCAGCCGUAUCGCUAGAAGGAAUCAAUCAACAAGACAAGGACACGGAUUUGCAAACGUGCUCUGCGGAGACUACAGCGCGAAAUGUCAUUGAGGGUCCGAGGAAACGAGCAGUUCGAAGGAACUAUCUUGCAGCCAUCCCGCGUGGUCUUCCGAUCUUGAUAGAUGGGAUAGAAACGGAUAUUGAUCGAAAAUUUCUUGACCACUUUGUUUUCGACUUUAGUAGAGUUCUUACUCUCAUUAACGACGACUCUAAUCCGUUCAAGGAGAUUUUGUUACCAAUGGCCACUCAGCACCGGGGUCUUAUGCAUUCGUUAAUGUGCCUCUCCGGAUCACAUCUUUCCACGAGAGAUCCAGACCCGCAAUUUAAAGAGCGUAAACACUAUCACUUUGACCAGGCAAUCACAAAUUUAAGGGUAAUAAUAGCGUCGCAAGCAGAAUCAGCCGAUGAACCAGAACUUCCUGUAGAUGAUCCUAUGAUUGCGGCUACCCUCGCACUGUGCUUGAAAACGAUAUGUGAGGGAGAAACCAGAGGGGAGUAUAGAUCCCAUAUGGAUGCCACCCGGUAUUUCCUCCGGACUCACCCGCCAAAAAAUGAAAAAUUCAAACAAUUCAUUAUUGAGUUUUUCCAAUACCAUGACAUUUCAAACUCCUUAACUACUCUGGACCGCCGACCCAUUUGCCUCACGGGUGACCUCCGCCUACCAGACUUUGUACCGCAUGCUCAGGCUGGCGCACUCUUGGGCAUUUUUGAUGGCUUGUUCCACUAUAUAUCAGAAAUCACAGUUCUCCGUGAUAGAAUUCGACAGCGGAUUAUGCAAGAUAUAGAACCCUCGAUCGACUACCAGACACUGAGCGAAGCUGUGUCGAUUGACUCGUCGAUACGAGCAUGGGAGCCAAUAUACCCUCCAGAUAAUCCGAACUGGUUUGCGGCGCAGUUGUACAGGCAGUCGACAUGGGUUUACCUCUAUCGAACCAUAUGCCCCUCGCGCCCAAGUGAGAAAAUAGCUCAAGUCGUGGAUGAUGGUCUUCUGUUUCUUGACCAACUUCCCAUUGACGCUGGUGCCAAUUCUAUCAUGUUAAUGCCGCUGUUUCUGCUUGGCUGUUCUGCCUUCGAGUCUAAACAACGCGAGCGCAUAAAGAGAGGUUUCGAUAGCCUUCAAGCCUAUUCAAGCUUGCGGAAUAUAGAACCGGCCUUUCGUGUUGUUGAGAAAGUUUGGAGAGUCAUGGACCAUAGUAUUGAGGAAAGCUGGGAUUGGGAGAAGAUCAUUGAGGAUAUGGAUAUGGAUUUCUUGAUUACUUGA